ACAGUAAGGUCUGUACGCACAAACGCACGGUGAUGUUACGGCGCCCUCUGCUGGUUAUUCCCUGCCAUUACAUCAACAACUCAAUACUUCAUAAUAGGGUGUGUGCGUAGGAAGGCUUGGAUGCGGUCAUUAUCUGUGAGUUUGGACCGAUAGGCCAGAUCCGUUCGGGAGGCAGAAGUGUGUUUCGGGACCAGACCGGGCUCGGUACCGUGUAUUUUCCUGGAUCGGUACGUAUGUUAUUGUUAUGUUGUUGUUUCUAGACCGUUACUCGAAGCCAUGAUGCUCAUACUCAGCCUUACCCACCCUUGUUACGAUGACGGAUUUGAGAAUAUUUUAAUAUAAUCAGACGGUGACAAUAGCAGCAGGUCCUUAUACUCAGUGUACUAAUUUGUACGUAAGCUAAAAAAAUGUGUCAGAAUUUAUUUAGGCUCCUUUCGUGCUGUGUUACAUCUUAAGCUAAUGCUACAUAGCCCGAAUGCGUGUCUCCAGCUAAAACACUCUGUACUCCUCUGAGCUGAAGGUAGAGUACCUAAAAGCUAACCCAAACCUUCAGACAAAAUGUGGAUUUUGCGAAUAUUUACAGUGUUAAAACAGUUGCAGAACAAAUGCAACAACCAGCAGCAGGAAAACUGCAAAAUCACUGAUGGGAAACAGCAUGAGGUCAUUUACUGGACAUCAUACUUGUUUAAUGAUUUCCACUGAAUUUUAAAGUAUUGAUAGAUUUUCUUAGUAAUGGAAAUAAACAAUGAUUUAACGAAAACAAAUAUAGAAUAAGAGAACACUGACACACACCUUGACCAGCUUGUAUUAACCCAAACGUGUAAAAUCUGAUCUUUAUCAUUGGAUUAUAAGGUCAGAUCACAUGUGUAAUUGAAAAUGUUGGUGAAAAUUGUACAUUUGUGUAAAAGAAAUCACAUUUCAUUAAUAUUUCUCACUUGUUAUGCAUAUCUCCACAUCUUUGAAGCUUAUUGUAGAAAAGCAACUUAAUAGGGGUGGAUCCAGAGGGUCGCCAUGCUGUUAUUUGUUUUUAAUAGUGCCUGAGCAGACAUUUUUUCAUAUCAAAAUUUGACAUUUUUAUCAUUCUAUACUAUGACAUUAUUUUAACAGACUAUACUAUGAUAUUUUUUUCAUACUAAAAUUGUAAUUGUUGGUUAUGCUAUACUAUGACUAUUUCAUACCAAAAUUAGAAUUUUUUUAUCAUACUAGACUUUAUUUUUUUAAACCAAAAUUUGACAUUUUUAUCAUACUAUACUAUGACAUUCUUUAACAUACUAUACUAUGACAUUUUUUUCUUACAAAAAUUGGAAACAUUGUCAUACUAUACUAUGACAUUUUCAUAACAUACUAUUCUGUGACAUUUUCUGAACAUACUAUACUAUAAUACUUUUUUUCUUUCUAAAAUUGAAACUUGGGAAAUUGGAAAUUUUUACAUGAAAAUUUGAAAUUUAUAUCAUACUCUACUGUAGCUUUUUUCUUAUAUACUAUACAAAAACAUUUCUUUUAUAUUAAAAUUUGAAUAUUUUCAACAUACUACACUAUGAAAUUUAUUAACAUGAUAUACUAUGUUAUUUUUAUCAUAUUAAAAUCAAAAUUUUGAUCAUACUAUACUAUGACUUUUUUCAUAUCAAAAUUCGAAUAUGUUGUCAUACUAUACUAUGACUUCUUUUCAUUUCCAAAACUUGAAUUUUUUUUUAGACUACAUUUUUCAUCAUACUAUGCUAUUACAUUUUUCAAACAUAACUUACUUUGAAUUUUUUCUUUCUAAUAAAAUUUGAAUAUUUUAACAUACUAUACUAAGGCAUUUUUUAAACAUAAUAUAGUCUUACUUUUAUCAUGCUAAAAUUAAAAAAUUUAAUUAUGCUCUACUAAGACUUUUUUCAUACCAAAAUUUGAAAUUUUUAUUAUACUAUACCAUGACCUUUUUUUUACGUACCAUACUUUGACAUUUUUUUCAUACUCAAAUUUAUAAUUUUAAUCAUACUAUACUAUGACAUUUUUUUAAUCAUACUAUACUAUGACAUUUUUUUUGACAUACUAUACUAUGAAGUUUUUUUUUUUCAUUUUAAAAUUAAAAUUAUGUUAUCCUCCUUUACUCUGACAUUUUUUUAUCAUACCAAAGUAUGACAUUUUUAUCAUACUAUACUAUGACAUUUUUUUAUCAUACUAUACUAUGACAUUUUUACCAUACUAUACUAUGACGUUUUUUUAUCAUACUAUACUUUGACAUUUUUUUUAUCAUACUAUACUGUGACAUUUUAAUCAUACUAUACUAUGACAUUUUUAUCAUACUAUACUAUGACAUUUUUUUUAUCAUACUAUACUAUGACAUUUUUACCAUACUAUACUAUGACAUUUUUUUUAUCAUACUAUACUGUGACAUUUUUUUUAUCAUACUAUACUAUGACAUUUUAAUCAUACUAUACUAUAACAUUUUUACCAUACUAUACUAUGACAUUUUUUAUCAUACUAUACUAUUACAUUUUUUCCAUACUAUACUAUGACAUUUUUUUAUCAUACUAUACUAUGACAUUUUUAUCAUACUAUACUAUGACAUUUUUAUCAUACUAUACUAUGACAUUUUUUUUAUCAUACUAUACUAUUACAUUUUUUCCAUACUAUACUAUGACAUUUUUUUAUCAUACUAUACUAUGACAUUUUUAUCAUACUAUACUAUGACAUUUUUUCCAUACUAUACUAUGACAUUUUUUUAUCAUACUAUACUAUGACAUUUUUAUCAUACUAUACUAUGACAUUUUUAUCAUACUAUACUAUGACAUUUUUAUCAUACUAUACUAUGACAUUUUUUCCAUACUAUACUAUGACAUUUUUUCCAUACUAUACUAUGACAUUUUUUAUCAUACUAUACUAUGACAUUUUUUUCAUGCCAGUUUAUAUUAUACUAUAUUAUGGCAUUAUUUUAACAUUCUAUACAACGACUUUUUUUCAUAGUAAAAUUUGAAAAUUUUAACAAACUAUACUAUGAUGUUUUUUAACAUACUAUACUAUGUUAUUUUUAUCAUGCAAAAAUUUUAAAUUUUGAUCAUGCUAUAGUAUGAUGUUUUUCAUACAAAAAUUAAAAUUUUUAUUAUGCUUUACUAUGACUUUUUUCAUACCAAAAAUUUAAAUUUUUAUCAUACUAUACUAUGACAUUUUUUUGUACCAAAAAUUGAAAUUUUUAUUGAACCUAACUAGGACUUUUUUUCCCACAUACUUUACUAUGACAUUUUUUAAACUAAAAUUUUAAACUUUUAAGUUUAAAAUUUAGCUAUGUCAACUUAAACUUUUAUCAUACCUUGUCAUUAUUAUUGGCAUGUCAUUAUUUAACAUACUACACUAUAAAAUGUUUUUCAUACUAAAAUUCAAAUUUUUAUCAUACUAUACUAUGACGUUUUAAUAAAAUUUCAAUUUUUAUUAUACUAUGACUUUUUCUAACAUUCAGUACUAGGAUUUUUUGUCAUACUAAAAUUUGAAUAUUUUAUCAUAGUAUACAAUGACAUUUUUUAACAUCCUAUACAGUGACUAUGACAAGUCAGACAAAAGAACGGGGCAUGACACGGUCAACUCCAACUUUAAUAAUUUAUUACAAAUUUAAUGUUGUAGCAACAAAACAGAUGAGGUAUGUGCGUAAGUUAGUCAGUGUGUCUGUUGUUGGAUGAGUGAAAGAUUUGUGUGUGUGCAGCAUGUUGUCAGGUGUAACACUUAAGUCCAAAGGAGGCCAAAGUUAACAAAACAAAACCCUGCUGCCUCAUGGAGCAUCUGAUGAGGAUGAAAGAGAAAGAGAGCAGGUCGACAGUUUGGUCUUUUAUUCCCUUGAAGACUGGCCAGUAAUUCCCAGGUGUGGCUAAACCCCGCCUACCGGCAAACUGCAAAGAGAAAAAUAAGAAAAUAAACAGGAAGCAAAUCCUGAGUAGGCCUGAGGGUCACUAUGAUAUUUUUAACAUACUCUUCUAUGAUAAUUAAUAAUACUUAACUAUGAUUUUGUCAUAUACCAUACUAUGACAUUUUUAUCAUACUAUACUAUGACAUUUUCAUUGUACUGUACUGGGUUAUUUUAAUCAUAAUUUACCAUUUUUAUCAUACUAUACUAUGAUGUUUUUAUCAUAAUCAACUAUGAUUUUUUAAAAUGCUAUACCAUGACUUUUUUAUUACAUUAUACUAUGACAUUUUUAUCAUACUAUACUAUGAUAUUUUUAUCAUACUAUACUAUGAUGUUUUUAUCAUAAUAUCAAUGAUUUUUUAAAAUGCUAUACUAUGACCUUUUUAUUACACUAUACUAUGACAUUUUUAUUAUACUAUUCUAUAUGUUACUAAAAAUUUGCUAUUUGCUUUUUUAUUACAUUAUACUAUGACAUUUUUAUCAUACUAUACUAUGACAUUUUUAUCAUAUUAUACUAUGACUUUUUUAUCACACUAUACUAUGACUUUUUUAUCACACUAUACUAUGACAUUUUUAUCAUACUAUACUAUGAUGUUUUUCUCAUACUCUACUAUGAUUUUUAAUAUGCUAUAGUAUGACAUUUUUUCAUACUAUAAUAUGAUAUUUUUAUCAAUCUGUGACAGACUGUGACAUUUUUAUCAUGCUAUACUAUGAUUUCUUUAAUCAUACUAUAAUAUGUUUUUUAUCUCACAAUACCAUGAUAUUUUUAACAUACUUAAAUAUGAUUUUCUGAACAUACAAGUACCAACCAUCAUAAAGGUUAGUGUUGCUAUGGAGAGCAUUGCAUGGAAGGCGGUGCGAGAUGGUGGCAUUUUCAUGGGCGGUGGUUUACAGAGGUAACGGUGUGAGACUGCUCGGGCCCGUUGAUGCCUUGUGGUGCACUAGUUUCUGUCUUGUUGUUGAUGGCUUUUGUAGCUCACAAUGAGACAUUAAUAAUAUCCAUUUAUUUUAAAAACUGCAGCCAUGAUUUAACAUUGAUCUUUAUUCUGACAUAUACCAUGUAUGAGGGUGAGGAAGCUCAAACAAACACUGAGAUCUUGUUCUUGGCUGAAGGGUUGUGUACAGUCUGCAGUCAAUCAAUAGAUUUUGGUCCAGGUAAGAGAAAGGAGUGUUGCAGUAAUCCAGGCGUGAUGAGAUAGAUGACCUUAUGAAACAUUGAGCAGUAUUGAUUUAGCUCUCAGCAGCCUCACAUGCGUUUACAUCUCGGCGUCUUCCUGUGCAUCAUGUCUGUAAUCGGUUUGUCUUGUUUGCAGGAGUUUAGGUCGCACCCUUUUGCACCGACAGCUUGACCGGGAUCAGACGUCAGCGUCGCCAUGAGCUCCUCUGCCGCUCUGCUGUGUCUGCUGGCUGGGGUCGUGGCUGCUAUUCAGACCCCACAGACAGGUGAGAGGAGCCGGGGGAGUGGGGUGUUAAACUCUGGAGAAGGUCAAGGUGGCCACAUGAGAUCCUCGGGGUGUUACUGCUUCUUUAAGUUUGUUCAGUUCUUUCAUGGGGUUAAAGUUUCUUGCCAGUUUAGUACAUUUUUUAAAGGAUGGGGUGUUUGUGGACAACACAUAAUCACACAGAGAAGAAGACACAUUAUAUUUAAAUACUGUCAGAAAAUGAAUAAAAAUAACAGAGGUUGUAUCAUUUGAAGGGGUUAGGAGAGUUUUGGAGAGUCUGCAAAGUUCUGCGAACUUUCCAGGAAAGUUCAAUCAGCGGGUUAACAAACUUUCAAACUUUCGCUGCCAAUCAGAGUAAUCUGCAGGGUUUUAAUUGGCAGCCUAAUCUACAUCAGUCCGAGCUCGAAUCUGUGUUGACACGUCUCUGUUCCCACAGUGUUCCUGGAUAAGCAGCAGGCGAGCUCGCUGAUCUCCCGUCAGAAGAGGAACGCGGACCAGCCUGCCAGCCUGGAGCAGCUCUGCAUGGAGAAAGUGUGCACCUACGAGCAGGCCAGGAGUGUGUUCAAGGACUCAUACCGCACAGUGAGCUGCAGUUUCUCUCCUCCUUACCUUUGUGUUACCUCAAACUUCCUCUGUUUUAUCUUCAAGCUUUAUCUUCUUCAUGAAUGCACUUUGAAUUUAACGCCUCCAUGUACAUUUUCUCUUGCAGGAUAUCUUUUGGUCUGUCUAUGUCGGUAAGUGCUGUGUUGAAACGAUUUCCCAUCUCUGCACGGUCAUUAACGGUACAUUAGAUAUCCUCUGAGACUUGCUCUCUGUGUUCAGACGGAGACCAGUGUGCAGAGAAGCCCUGCAAGAAUGGAGCUAUGUGCUCAGACAGUGUUGGAGGCUACGACUGCAUCUGCAAAUCGGGCUUUUCUGGAGUCCACUGUGAGAAAGGUGAGGAGGCGACGCUCCUAAUUCGUGUGCAGUCAUCAUAAACUCACUCCUAAUUUGACGGGUUUUGUUUUGUCGCUGCAGAUCAGACUCUGUGCUCGCUAAAGAAGGAUGAGGGCUGCACCCAGUUCUGUAAACCGGGCUACACGUCCUACGAGUGCUCUUGUGCACGCGGAUGGAAAAUUAGCCGCACAGACAGGAACAAGUGUGAGUCUGCAGGUAUGUCUGUUUGGGAUUUUUUUGAUUUUACACUUCUUUUUGUCCAGCAACAGCAAAUAUAUCAGUUUAUAUCACAUAACAACAAUGUUUCUCUGAAGGAUUCUCUGAUGAGACGAAAUUUUCAACUGAUUGUCUUUGCCAGUGGAAGCGAAUGUUUUGUGUAAAUGUUAAUUUUGUCCUUUAAUGCACGAGUGCCUGAAAGGAAGAACGUCAGCACAACACAGGAGGCAGAGCAGCCAGACAGAAACCUGCUACACAGCACAAAAACACAAAGUUUGAGCAUUUAGGCUGAGUCACCUUAAAAACAUUCACAUUCACAGUGUCUGUGCAGCUUUUCCGAGUAUUUCCCCUCAUUUUUGCUCAUUGCUGUAGUUAUUUUGUUUCAGAUAACUAAACUGAGAAGGAGCAGAAAAAAAAAACAGUUUCAUCAGCAUGCUAUCCAUACUCCAGUCUGACACCUGUCCCCUCCAAGCAUUAAAAAAAUCAUUACAGAAAGAGUCAGUCCUCUUGCUCACAAAGAGGUUUCAGUUUCAAUCUUGUCACAACUAGCCGAAAACUCCUCGCAGGGCCUUGAAGACAGCUUUUCUUCACCUUUGGAGAACAAAAGAGAGGAUUAAUUGUGCCGUCGGUGACUCUUCAACAAGAGAGAGAAGUUAUUUAAUGAGAAAAAGUUAUAACAUCUCACAUUCUUCCCUCAGUGGCUUACCCCUGUGGUAAGGCACUUAAUCCUAGUCGCUGGAGGGAACACCUGGCCAGCAACACUCGCUCUGAGUUCAAAGGACUCUCCUGCGGUCUUGGAGAUUGUCCCUGGCAGGUACGCUCAAACACUCCCUUAUGCUGUCAUCUCAUUACAUGUGUUACUGAAAUGAACUGUUCUGUACGCAAGUCCACAUUACUCUCAAUUAAGGGUGUUUGUUGUCUUUGCAGGCCCUCCUGAGGAACACACAGUCUGCAGGUUUUUGUAGCGGGGUCAUUCUGAAGGAGAACCUGGUCCUGACUUCAGCCCAGUGUGCAAGCAAAUACGAGUCCUUCCAGGUGUCUGUGGGUAAGCACUCAAAACAGGAUGUUAGCACGUCAGCAGAAAGACAGAGUACGGCCCUUGAAUAGUCAUUAAAGAGGAAUGUAGGAGUUUCCAUUUUUAUUUGAAUGUCAUUAUUUGUCCACAAGCUUUGCAGUAGUCACCGUUUUUAAUGUUCCCGUUUUCAGGAAAACGCGCCACCUUCAGUGAACCUGGAGAGCAGACGCUGUAUGUACAUAAAAGUCACAUCCACCCGCGCUACGUGGCGGGUCGCCCUGAGAACGACCUGGCUGUGCUUGAGCUCCGUGACCGCAUCCAGUUUAAGAGAGAUGUGUCUGCCGCGUGUCUGCCGGAGAAAGACUUUGCUGAGAGCAUCCUGAUGGUGGGAGAUUACCCAGCAGUGAUCACGGGCUGGAUGGAGUCCACGGCGUCGUCUGCUUUCGAGGACUCUCUCAAGCUUAACCACCUGCAGUACAAGCCCCUCCCUCAAUGUUUGGAGACUUUCCCCGACCUGAUAACCAACAAAAUGGGCUGCACCGUUCCCCGGACCAACGCUGACUGCACCUUGGGGUCCAGCAGUCCUCUGCUCACCAUGCACAGAGAUGUGUUCUUCCUCACUGGGAUAGUCAACCAGCCACCAGGGGGCGACUGCACCAAGGGCUACGUCUUCCAGAAAGUGUCACGUCACCUCGGCUGGCUGCGGCAGUACAUGGGCUCACGUUAGGGAUGUGUGGAGUCUGGAGAAACAUGAGAGGAUACAUGUAGAAAUUACAGGAUACCACACGUUAAAUAAAACAUGAAAACAGGGAAUGAGAAAUUUAGUUCAUUUUCAUUGUUGUUAUUUUCUGUUUGUUAAUAAUAUCCGUCUCUUAAUGAAACACUAUCCUACACACUCAACUUUGUAUGUGGGCUUCUUUGUUUAUCCACAAGGUGGCGCUCUAAUAUAAUAAGCAGAGAGGCUCCUCCUGUACGUACAGCUCAGUUAGAGAUGCAGUGAAUUAUUCAGCAUGUGUUUUGUGACUUGUUCAUGCCAUUUAAUGACCUUUAAGUGAUGCUAUUUUUAGUGACUACUGUACUGUUUGACCUGCACCUUGUAACGCUCCAGGUAUAACUACUGUUCUAUACAUGUAAUAAACUUAAUAACAUACACAUGAUGCUGAUGCUGUUAUUCUCCCAGGAUGAAGUGGACGGUAGC